AUGUCUCCACCAGCGAACGCAGCAGCUGUAGCCAAAGUCCUAGCUGACAUCGAUGCAGAUCCUGGCAAGAUCGCCAGCAGGUCACAGCAAGACUCCUUUCUCAAGAAUAUGACGUCAAAGUACAAGUUCCGCUACUACAGCAGCACCUAUGGACACACAUGCCAUGACGAGAAAUCACUCAGAAGCGUUCUCGUUGCCAUUAUGCGACAUCACGGCAAAGAUGGCGAGGAUAUUCGCCCGGGAAAGUCUGCGGUCGACGAAUUGUUCGAGCGUGGUAGCGGAAUGCUUGACGAUGACUACCUGAAAGCGAUGACAGAGGCGGCCGAGGGCAUCGAACUGGAGGUGGACAGUGAUAGCGACGAUAGUGAGGAAGAAAGCGAGAUUGACCAAGAGCUGAUCGACUUCAUCGAGGCGCAGACCGACUCGGACGAUGAGUAUACACCGAACCUGGCCGGCCGAACGAGAAGCGCAAACAAGAAGCGGCGUCUUAGUGCCACGGUACAAGACGCAAGACAGCACCAAAAGACUAGUCUCAUCGAAUCUUGGAUCGAAUCGUGCUCUACAGAAAACUCAGGUCGUCAUACCUCGACAUUGAACGACGACCAAAAUGCAGGCACUCUGGGCUCGAGCAGUGGUACUUCUAGCAUUGCAGUCGCCAAACGCCGCAAGACAGGACUGUCAUCUAUACACCAUCGGACCUCGAAGGCCCAGACACACACGCAGACGAUCAAGCAUGUGGCUACGAAGAGCUCAAAGCCAACAGAUGCUCCCGAAUUUCUAGGCCUCAACGAGAACACCGACACUCUUGAUACUGCGACGAGGAAGGCCACGCUCAGGGGCACCAGGGAUGACGGUCUGCUUCACAUCAAGCUGCUCGCUGUGGCGGCUAUUGCUGCCUUACUCUAG